AUGGAGGUAGCUCAUGAUGAAUCCGAUUGUGCAGUAUUAGACGCCUUAAUAUCUGCAGUUAGCACAAGGAUAGGAAGUUCCAAUUCAGCAGUAAAUUUCGAUGGAAAUAUUUCGUACUUUCCGGCUACUAUUUACUUAUCUAUUCUUGUCGUUUUUCUAAAGAAUGUAUAUUCGUUCUUAAGUAAGAAGUCGAACAGACUUUCCAUAGAAUGGAACAAAGGACAAGAGGACAAGGAAAACCAUGACGAGAAUGAGGACGAUGAUGACGACGAGGAUGAUGAGAAAGACGCAGAAUAUUACGACGCCAGUGAUAGGGAGGAUUCCCCAAAAGAACAGUUAAAAAAGGAUAAAGAGAAUGAAAAGCGCAUAACAGAAGCAAGGGGAAAAGUAAAAGAAAUGAUAACUGAAGGAGAUAAUCAAAAAAAUAACGAAGUUCUGAAAAAUCUGGAGGGCAUGACGGAAGAGGAAUUAGAGAAAUGGAAGAACGAAGAAUGGAAAAAAUUUAUGGUAAAUAUCGAAGAAGAAUGGCAACUUUUAAAUUUGUGGAUAGAAGAGGAAAGAAAAAACUGGAUUGAUAGUAAAGAUAAAGAAUUAGAGGACUGGAUGAACAAAAUGGAAAAUAAAUGGAUGGAUAUAGACAAUAUAAAUAAAGAAUACCAAUGGACGUUUAUAAAGAGUAGCCUCAAAGGUGAUGACCAAGGUCAAAUAAAAGAACAGAUAAAACAUGAACUAAAGAAUUUUAUAUAUCGCGAUUGGAAAAAGUGGCUAGGAGAUAAUGAGUCCUAUCUAAAUACAUGGCUAGUGAAACAAUGGAUACAAUGGAAAAACAACAAAAUAAUUAAAUAUCUCACCGUUGAAUGGAAACACGAAGAAGAUGAAUACUGGAAUAACUGGGAAAAAACAGAAACGUGGAAAUGGUUAAAUUUCAGUAAGAGGAGAAAUUGGCAAACAUGGAAAAACAGAGUUACCAAAGAAAAAGAAGAAUGGGAAAACUGGGUGAAAAUUAAAGAGGAACUGGUUAUAUACAAUAAAUAUAAAAAAUUGACCCUAUGGGUCAAAAGAAAAAAACCUUCUAUUAAUCAGUGGAUAGAAUCACUCGCUGAUAAAUGCAUUAAUGACACAAGAUGGAACACUUGGAUUAAUGAAAAAUAUAAUCAAUUGGUGCAAAAACAUAAUAUGGAAGAAGAAAAAGAAAUUAAUGAGAAAAUUGAAAAUAGAAAAAACCGUAAGGCUUCCGGAUAUAUAUCCCUUAAGAAUAAACUUCAAUCCGUAAAGGAAGAAAAAGAAAAUGAUCAUACCGUAUAG